CCACACACCGGUAAACCGACCCGCUUCACUCGGCUGCCUUCCUCCCCCAAUCGCCCCCCCAUCUCCUUCCCCUAUAAAUCGGCGAGCGUGUCUCCGCCUCUCGCUUCCCCAAAUUUCCAUCAACCUCCUUCUCCUCGUCCUCCUCCACCCAUAUCGGCGGUCUCGAUCCACUUCAAGCCCCCCCCCUCAUUCCCCUCCGCGUCGCCUGCCCAAUCCUGCUUCUCCCUAACCUCCCCCGACUCGCUUCGAGAAUUAGGGUUUCGUUUGCGGAGGAUCCUUCGCGCGGUCGCGUCCAAACCCUAGGACCGUUUCUUGAUUCCUGGGAUCCCGUCUUGGAGGCUCGAGCGUCCUCGCUUGGGUGCGGAAAACCCUCGCGCUGUGCUCGAUCGGCCCUGUCGAGGGGUCGUUCCCGGCCUGUCAGACCCGAUGGAGGCUCCCUCGGGCCUUGGCGGAGCCGUUCCCGUGCCCGCAUCCCAGGUUGCCAAAAAGGAGUGGCGUGCCAUCCCCGAGCACUCCUUUCGGAGCAACGGAAGCGAGGAGCAAGAGCAUGUUAAAUUGGGACAAUCAGCUGAGAGAACGAUACACGAGGUGCAGGUGGGUACAGGGUCGCGGGUGGACUACUGUGCGAUCACAAUUGAUGCUGAUGAUGCCGAGUUGAAUGGUGAUAUAUUGCAGCGGAAGCUGCAAGAAAUCAUGAGGCAAAGAGAAGAGCUUCAGCAAAUGGAGAUUGAACUACAGGCCAGGGCGAUUGCCAGGUCAGAGAUCUUGGAAGUGCAGAAUAGUUUUGAAGUGCAGCUCAAGGAGCACAUGAAUAUCAAUGCCGAACUAAAGGAGCAACUACAUGAAAGGGAACAAAGAAUACUUGAGCUGGAGAGGAAACUAGAAGAGAAGGAUAGGGAGCUACGAGCUAUGAAAAUUGACACAGAAGCAGCAUGGGCUAAAGAAGAUCUUCUCCGAGAACAAAACAAAGAGCUAGCCACCUUCAGAAGGGAGCUUGAUAAUUCGGAAGCAGAAAGAGCACAACAUCUGAGCCAAAUUCGUGAUCUCCAAGAACAUAUUCAAGAGAAAGAGAGUCAGAUCCUUGCAUUGCAGGAGGAGCAUAGAGUUGCACGAGAAACUGUUCUUUUCAAGGAUGAACAGUUAAGGGAGGCACAAUCUUGGGUUGCACGGGUUCAAGAAAUGGAUGCUUUGCAGUCCUCCACUAACCAGUCGUUGCAAGCUGAACUAAGAGAACGCACAGAGCAGUUUAACCAAUAUUGGAUUGGUUUUCAAAGGCAGUUUGUUGAAAUGGAGCGUCAUCAUCUGCAAGCCAUACAGCAGCUUCAGCUGGAAUUGGCUGAGGCAAGGAAAAAGAAUGGAAAUUAUGAAGAUGGUUCACGAAUUACUCAUGAAAACUCAACCGAUUCAUCUUCGUAUAAUGGAAAUCAGAUUAAUGUGAUAGAUGGUGGCAAAUCAAAUGGUCACUUGGGAUUUGCAUCUAAUGGAAGUGUAGAUGGGACUUCAUCUCAUGUUUUAUCUUCCAGUUCAUCUUCUAAGAUUGAACAUGCCCCCAGUGUUCCUGUUGUGCCAUCGUCCAUACUUGGAAUGAAUGCCUUCAUUCCUCCUGGCCCAGUGGCUGCAUUACAUCCUUAUGUAAUGAAUCCAUUAGGUGUUCCACAAGCUGUAGCUUCCAGCAAUUCACCUAUUCCACAAUCUCACAUAGAUCAUUUUCAAUCAGUGCCUGUGGUUCUAACUCAACAACAUUUGCAAAAUCAACAGGCCCUUUCAGAUAUCUCACAGAUACCUGAAAGCAAGCAUCCACCAUCACAGACAGAGCAGGAAUUUUUAAGAUCAGACACCCAUUAUAGCUUUGAUAUGCCUGGUGAAAUGCAGAUGGUUCAUCUUGACAAUCUUAACAGCCAUAGAGAUCAGCAACAGAUGUCUGGACAUUCAGGCUUUGACUCUAGUGAUGAAGUCCAGGUGCUCCAAUCAAAUGUGAAACAGCACCCAGUUAUCCAAGAAUCACAAGGGACCUCAGAUGCACCUUCUCACUUGGACUCUGCAAGAGGGUUUGUGCCACCAGAAAAGAAGAAUGCAACCAAGGCCGAGGACAUUGUGGCUGCAGGGAAACAAUCACAAGAGCAGGUGCCGAGAACUGGACAACAACAACCUACAUCUAACAUAAUGUUAUCCGCUAGUCAAAACUCUGUCAGUUCAAAUGAAUCUACUGCCUUGGCUGCCCCAAUUUCAAGUACUUUGAUGUCUAGUAAACCACCAGUGGAUCCCAAUCUCUUAGAUGAAAGAUCACUUUUGACUUGCAUUGUGCGUGCAGUGCCUGCUGGAUCAGAUGGAAGAAUCAGAAUCAGUACGACGCUACCAAAUAGGCUUGGCAAAAUGCUUGCGCCCCUUCAUUGGCAUGACUAUAAGAAGCAUUAUGGAAAGCUUGAUGAUUUUGUUACUCGUCAUCCUGAAUUAUUUGUUAUUGAAGGUGACUUUAUCCACCUUCGAGAAGGAGCCCAGCAAAUUAUAUCUGCAACUGCAGCUGUUGCUAAAGUUGCUGCUGCUACUGCAUCUUCUGCUCCUUACACAUCGUUGUUGCCAUCAGUUGCUGUCACCCCAGUUUCUCAAGUCAAUCGCCAAAAAAAGGUACAAUCAAUUGAAUCAAAAACUGCAAACACUAUGCCCUAUGCAGAUGGUGCUGCUGUGAUUAAUGCUGGAGAGACUAGCAACAAACGCACCCAGAUUUUGAUGAGACAGGAUGAACAACCAAAUGGUGUCAGAUUAAAUAUUAUUCAGGGGCUAUCGGAUGUAACAGUUUCAAGUAAAUCAAACAAUAUCCAAGAAGCUAAUGGUUCACAAUCGGAAAUCAAGUCUGGUCAUUCAUCUCUGUACUUCAAGGUUGGAAACACAGCAAACCUUGAUAGAACAGGUUUGUCUCCUCCUCAAAACAAAGGACUGACUAAUGGAAGACAUAGUUUUGGAGGAAAGCAGCUGGGGAGGUCUUCUGGGGCUGGCUUAAUUUCAAGGAGAUAGAGCCACUGAUUGAAUGGAAAUUGCUGCCAAAUGGAAGUUUGAAGAUAAUUUACUCUGGAUAAAGCUCUGUGUCAUCUUUUUGUAAGAAUUUUCUAUUAAAUCGUAGCCUUGGGCUUUUCCUUCACGUGGAAUUUUUUUUCUCUGCCAAUGUGUACUUGGAUUCAUGUUACAAAUUGGAAACAAAAAAGGAAACAAUAUUUCUUUGCACUGUGCAAUAUCUAACGCAUCUACUUGUAAGUUU